GCCUCAGAUUUCCACCAAGUGAAACUAUAAAAAGGUCACCAGGAGCAGGGUAAAGAUCACUGCAGUGCUCUCCAGUCUGUGUCAUCUGUACCUGACAAAGCAAAGACAACAGAGAUCAAAAUGUCUUUCAAGGAUAUGCUGACUGAAGCUAACAUCGCUGCAGCCCUGGAUGGGUGCAAAGAUGCUGACACAUUUGACCACAAGAAGUUCUUCAACACAUGUGGUCUGUCUGGCAAGUCUGACGCUGACCUGGGUGCAGCCUUCAACAUCAUUGAUCAGGACCAUAGUGGCUUCAUUGAGGAGAAUGAGCUGAAGUUGUUCCUCCAGAAUUUCAACCAAAAUGCACGCGCGUUGACCGACAAGGAGACCAAGACUUUCCUCAAAGCUGCUGACACUGACGGUGAUGGCAAGAUUGGCUCUGCUGAGUUCACUGCCGUGGCUAAGAAAUGAAAUGCAACUGACCACCAACUACUCUGAUGGAACAACAAGCCCACUUCGACCUCCCCCUUCAA